AUGAGCGAUGACAAUUUAACUGCUGUUCUCUAUGGGGUAAAUGAUAUUCGGCUUGAACAACGAGAAAUUCCGAAACCUGGUCCGGAUCAGCUCCUGAUAAGCAUACACACCGUCGGUGUCUGUGGAUCCGAUGUUCAUUUUUAUUCUCGAGGAGCUAUAGGGAGUUUUGUGGUGAAGGAACCAUUGGUGCUCGGACAUGAAUGCAGCGGAACCGUGGUCGAACUGGGAUCGGAGGUCAAAAAUUUCAUCGUUGGCGAUCGUGUUGCUCUGGAACCAGGAGUGCCGUGCCUUAAAUGCGAUCAAUGCAAGAUUGGACGUUACAAUCUUUGUCCGGAUGUGAUUUUCUUUGCCACUCCUCCUACUGAUGGAUCAUUGACGAGAUUUAUUGUCCACAGCGCCAAUUUUUGCUUCAAACUGCCCGAGAAUGUUUCAUACGAAGAAGGUGCGUUGCUGGAACCGUUAACGGUUGCUGUUUUCGCUUCUCGUAGAGCUCAGCUGCAGAUGGGACAACGGGUGCUUGUACAUGGAGCAGGACCCAUAGGUGUUUUGUGUAUGAUGACCGCGAAGGCGUUAGGAGUGACGGAGGUCGUAAUUACUGACCUCAGCGAGGAACGUCUUGAACUUGCGAGGAAACUCGGUGCUGACCAUGUACUAUGCGUAAAAGGAAUGAGCGUGAAUGAAAUACGAUCAACCGUGAUUCAAUUUCUUGGAUGUGAGCCAGAAGUCACCAUGGAAUGUACUGGAGCACAAUCGUGUGUAGAAUCAGCGAUACUUACUACUCGAUCUGGUGGUGUGGUUGUGAUGGUUGGAUUGGGACCAGCACGCAUGGAAAUCCCACUAAUUGAUGCGGCACUGAGAGAAGUCGAUCUCAGAGGUGUUUUCCGAUAUGCGAAUUCCUAUCCCACCGCACUGAAGCUUGUCGCAUCUGGACGUAUCAACUUGUCCGGACUAACUAGAGCAUAUUACAAAUUGGAGGAUGUGGUGGAAGCGUUCGAACGUUCCAUAAAAGGAGAUGUUAUGAAGGGAAUCGAUUCCAUCCGACCCGUACGCUCCGAAUUUAUCAACAGAGCAUCAAUCGACUUCAUUCUCUCCUAUUCUUCUCCUUCCCAAAUACAGUUUCUCGUCGGAAAAGCAUCCAGAAAAAUAAUGUCUGAAGACAACUUAUCUGCUGUUCUUUAUGGUAUAGACGAUAUUCGAUUGGAACAGAGAGAAAUACCGAAACCAGCAGAAAAUCAAUUACUAAUAAGCGUUAAUACUGUUGGAAUAUGCGGUUCGGAUGUUCAUUACUGGACACAUGGUGCCAUUGGAAGUUUUGUAGUAAAGGAACCAAUGGUGCUUGGACAUGAAACUUGCGGUACGGUGGUAGGUGUAGGUCCUUCAGUGAAAGGAUUCACUGCGGGAGAUCGAGUCGCCCUGGAGCCAGGAAUCCCAUGUCGUGGAUGUGAACAUUGUAAGACUGGAAGGUACAAUUUAUGUGCUGAAAUGCGAUUUUUCGCCACUCCUCCUGUUCAUGGAUCUUUGGCAAGAUAUGUGGUUCACGACGCUGAUUUUUGCUAUAAACUCCCCGACAAUGUCACUUUCGAGGAAGGUGCACUUCUGGAACCGUUGUCCGUGGCUGUCCACGCCUGUCGUAGAGCACAUUUGCAAAUGGGACAACGUAUUCUGGUACAAGGAGCAGGUCCCAUCGGAACUUUAUGUAUGAUGACAGCCAGAGCGAUGGGUGCUGCCGAGGUUUUAAUCACCGACUUGGACGAGGGUCGACUGGCACUUGCAAAGAAACUUGGAGCUGAACACACCCUUUGCGUUAAAGGAAUGUCCGUCGAGCAAAUUCGAGGCGAAAUAAUCAAAUCGCUUGGCGUGGAACCUGAGGUGACCAUAGAAUGCACUGGAGCGCAAUCUUGCAUGGAAUCGUCGAUACUGACCACUCGUUCUGGAGGUGUGAUUGUUACGAUCGGUCUUGGAGCGCCAAGAGCUGAUUUACCGAUAAUCGAUUCGGCGAUAAGGGAAGUCGAUAUAAGAGGUGUAUUUAGAUAUGCAAAUUGCUAUCCAACCGCACUGAAUCUUGUCGCUUCCGGAAGAAUCGAUUUAUCUGGAUUAACUCGAGCUCAUUACAAACUUGAAGAAACGAUGGAAGCGUUUAAACGAGCACAAAAAGCGGAUGUGAUCAAAGUUUUCAUCAGCUGCCAGAAAUAA